AUGUUGCAGGUAAUGUUGAUUGGUGGAACUGAAACAACAGCUAUAACAAUGGAAUGGGCUCUUUCGCUUAUGCUUAAUCGUGCAUCUACACUUAGAAAAGCCCAUGAAGAGAUUCAAAACCGAAUUGGCAAAUCAAAUAGGCUGAUUGAUGACUCUGACCUCAACCAUCUCCCUUACAUUCAAGCGAUCAUCUCCGAAACACUUCGUAUGUAUCCGGCAGCGGCACUCAUCGGCCACCACGAAGCAUCUAAGGAUUGCACGGUCGGAGGCUACCACAUCCCACGUGGCACGAUACUAUUCGUGAAUGUUCGAGCCAUGCAAAACGAUCCCAAAUUCUGGGAAGAGCCAACAAAAUUUAAGCCCGAAAGGUUCUUAAAUGUUGAUGACAAAGAAGGUUUUGGGUUCAAUUUCUUGCCAUUUAGCUAUGGGAGAAGGGGAUGCCCGGGUGAGCCAUCUGCUAGACGAGUUAUUGGGCUGACUCUGGGCUUGCUUGUUCAGUGCUUUGAAUGGACCAGAAUUUCCGAAGAGUUGCUGGACUUAAGUGAAGGUCCAGGGCUCAAUAUUCCCAGAGGUACACCACUUCUUGCAAAGUGCAAGCCUCGCCCAGAAAUGGUGGGACUUUUUUCUCACUCUUAA